AUGGCGAGUGAGGUGUCGGACCACUUGGAGCCAUGGCGCCACAUCAACGACAAGGUGGUUAUGGUCACCGGUGCCUCUUCUGGUUUAGGUCUCCAGUUCUGUCUCGAUUUGGCAAAAGCCGGCUGCCGGAUCAUAGCUGCGGCUCGGCGCGUCGAUCGACUCAAGUCUCUCUGUAAUGAGAUCAACAAGUCAGGGAGUAUUAGAGCCGCAGCUGUGGAGCUUGACGUCUGCGCCGAUGGAGCAACCAUUGAUAAGUCCGUACAGAAGGCUUGGGAAGCGUUUGGGAAAAUCGAUGCUUUGGUUAAUAAUGCCGGUGUUAGAGGUAAUGUGAAGUCUCCAUUGGAUUUGUCUGAGGAGGAGUGGAAUCAUGUUUUCAAAACAAAUUUAACAGGAUCUUGGUUGGUGUCAAAGUAUGUCUGCAUACGUAUUCGUGAUGCAAAUCUGGGAGGAUCAGUGAUCAAUAUUUCUUCCAUAGCUGGUCUUGAACGUGGUCAACUACCUGGAGCUGUUGCAUAUGCUUCUUCAAAGGCGGGCCUAAAUACCAUGACUAAGGUCAUGGCUCUGGAAUUAGGGGUCUACAAAAUCCGAGUGAAUUCAAUAUCUCCUGGACUUUUCAAAUCUGAGAUCACCGAGGGUCUUAUGCAGAAAACCUGGCUAAAUAAUGUGGCCUUGAGAACAGUCCCUUUAAGAGACCAUGGUAACCCAGAUCCGGCAUUGACAUCGCUUGUCCGAUACCUAGUUCAUGACUCUUCAAAGUACGUGACAGGCAAUACAUUCAUUGUUGAUGCAGGGGCCACAUUACCCGGUGUACCUAUUUUCUCUUCUCUUUAAAUUAUCACCAAAAACAAAAAUUGUAUGUAUUCUCCAGUAUGAAUGUUAGUAGUACUCUUGGACUUGAAGUUUGUUUAAAUAUCAAAUGGAGAAACCAUUUUGUCA